UCCGGCUCCGGCUCCGCUCGGUGCGCGGCUCGCGGGGGUCCCGGCCCAUGGCGGGGCGCUGAGCCCCCCGACCCCCACCAUGCUCUGGGGGGGCUUCCUCCUGCUCUGCCUGCUCCGAGGGGCGCUGGCCGCAGGACGCCCCCCCGGCAGCGAGGGACGGAGGGCUCGGGACGCGGCCGAGGGGACCCGCAUCAGCCAGGACCUGGGCGGCGGCAGCCUGGCCAUCGACACCCUGCCCGCCAACGAGACCCGCAUCGUGGAGGACAACCACAGCUACUACGUGUCGCGGUUCUACGGCCCGGGGGACGCGCGGAGCCGCCAGCUCUGGGUGGACCUGGCGGCCGCCAACGGGAGCCACGUCAGGGUGCACGGGAUCCUCUCCAACACCCACCGGCAGGCCUCGAGGAUUGUCCUGUCCUUUGACUUCCCCUUCUACGGCCACCUCCUGCGGCAGGUCACCAUCGCCACCGGCGGUUUCAUCUUCACGGGGGACGUCAUCCACCGCAUGCUCACGGCCACCCAGUACAUCGCCCCCCUCAUGGCCAACUUCAACCCCAGCUUCUCCCGGAAUUCCACCGUGCAGUACCUGGACAAUGGGACGGUGUUUGUGGUGCAGUGGGACAAGGUUUACCUGCAGGGCAAGGAGGACAUGGGCAGCUUCACCUUCCAGGCCGCCCUGCACCGCAGCGGGAGGAUCGUGUUCGGCUACAAGGAGAUCCCGGUGCCAGUGCUGCAGAUCAGCGCCAGCCAGCACCCGGUCAAGGCCGGGCUCUCGGACGCCUUCAUGGUGCUCAACCCCUCGCCCGACGUGCCUGAGUCCCGGCGCCGCACGAUCUACGAGUACCACCGAGUGGAGCUGGACACCAGCAGGAUCAGCAGCCUGUCGGCUGUGGAGUUCACCCCGCUGCCCACCUGCCUGCAGCACCAGAGCUGUGAAACGUGCCUGAGCUCGGAGCUGACCUUCAACUGCAGCUGGUGCCACGUCCUGCAGAGGUGCUCCAGUGGCUUCGACCGGUACCGGGAGGAGUGGCUGAGCUACGGCUGCGGCCAGUCGGACGAGCAGAGCUGUGAGGAUCUGGCCGAGGGCGAUCAUUACUCGGCGCCCCCGGGCAGCUCCGUGUCGGUGUCACCCGGCGCUGUCACCUCCCCCACGGCCUCGCUCUUCCUCGACAGCCUCACCACCGAAGAUGACACCAAACUCAACCAGUUUGCAGGAGGAGAGGGGAGCAGCCUGCCCUCACAGAGCGCGGGUGCCCCAAUCCCCACGGGCACCGUGGUUGGCAUCGUGGUGGCCGUGCUGGUGCUGGCCGGGGCCAUCCUGGCCGGGAUCUACAUCAGCGGCCACCCCACGUCCAGCGCCGCCCUCUUCUUCAUCGAGCGGAGGCCGCACCGCUGGCCCGCCAUGAAAUUCCGGAACCACGGCAACCACGGCUCGUACGCCGAGGUGGAGGCGGCCAGCCAGGAGAAGGAGGGGUUUGUGGAGGCCGAGCAGUGCUGAGCGCUUCUCCUGGGGAAUCCAUCCCGAGGGAUCCAUCCCGAGGGAUCUGUCCUGAGGGAUCCGUCCUGAGGAAUCCAUCCCAAGGAAUCCAUCCUGAGGGAUCCUGACAAAUCCUGAUGGAUCCAUCCCAAGGGAUCCAUUCUGAGAAAUCCUGAGGGAUCCAUCCCGAGGAAUCCAUCCUGAGGGAUCCUGAGGAAUACAUCCUGAGGGAUCCAUCCCAAGGAAUCCUGACAAAUCUUGAGGAAUCCAUCCUAAGGAAUCCUGACAAAUCCCGAGGAGUCCAUCCCAAGGAGUCCAUCCCAAGGAGUCCAUCCUAAGGAAUCCUGACAAAUCCCGAGGAAUCCAUCCCAAGGAAUCCGUCCCGAGGAAUCCAUCCCAAGGAGUCCAUCCUGAGGGAUCCUGACAAAUCCUGAGGGAUCCAUCCCAAGGUAUCCAUCCCAAGAAAUCCUGAGGGAUCCAUCCCAAGGAAUCCUGACAAAUCCUGAGGGAUCCAUCCCAAGGAAUCCUGACAAAUCUUGAGGAAUCCAUCCCAAGGAGUCCAUCCCAAGGAGUCCAUCCUGAGGGAUCCUGACAAAUCCUGAGGGAUCCAUCCCAAGGAGUCCAUCCUAAGGAAUCCUGACAAAUCCCAAGGAAUCCAUCCCAAGGAAUCCUGACAAAUCCUGAGGGAUCCAUCCCAAGGUAUCCAUCCCAAGAAAUCCUGAGGGAUCCACCCCAAGGAAUCGUGACAAAUCCUGAGGGAUCCAUCACAAGGAAUCCAUCCCAAAGACUCCCAAAGAAUCCUGAGGAAUCCAUCCCAAGGAAUCCCAAGGAAUCCAUCCUAAGAAAUCCUGACAAAUCCUGAGUAUUCCAUCCCAAGGAAUGCCAAAGAAUCCAGCCCAAGGAAUCCUGACAAAUCCUGGGGAAUUAAUCCCAAAGACUCCUGACAAAUCCUGAGGGAUCCAUCCCAAGGAAUCUUGACAAAUCCCGAGGAAUCCAUCCCAAGGAAUCUCAAGGAAUCCAUCCUGAGGAAUCCCAAGGAAUCCCAAAGAAUCCAUCCUCAGGAAUCCACAGGAAUCCAUCCCAAAUAAUCCCAAGGAAUCCUGAGGGAUCCAUCCCAAGGAAUCCAUCCUGAGGAAUCCAUCCCAAGGAAUCCUGACAAAUCCUGAGGGAUCCAUCCCAAGGAAUCCCAAGGAAUCCCAAGCCUUCCAUGUCCCAAAGCGCUGGAAUCACUUAAUUAAUUGCUAUAUUGUUAAUUGUGGCCUUUGGCCCUGAAGGAGACAGAGAGGGGGGAAAUAAAUCUGAAAUUCCACCAAAAUUCGUCUUCUGAUGGCCAGUGGGAACAGAGAGGGAUUUAGGGACAAAACUCUGGGAUAAAUCCUGGGCUAAAUCCAGGAUUCAGAUCCGUCAGGAGCGCCUGGACAUCGCAGGAAACCUCAAAAUCACCCCCUUAACCUCAUCAUUUUUAUUUUUUUUUCUAAUUUUGCUUACAUUUCCCCCUGUUUGGGAUGAGCCACUGGUUUUGGAUGGAUAUUGGGAUCCCCUGACCCCAAGGGAGGCUUUGACUUGAGACCUCUCAGCACUUUCUACUCCUCCUGUGCCACCAAAAUUCAGCAUUCACCUACAAAAUAAUCCCUAAACUGAGGGAAAAAAACAAAACCAGAAUCCCAAAUCCAGCAGGAGGUAAAUUUUCAUCCCCCCCACCACAAAAUGCUGUUGCAUUAUGGAUUUUUCGCCCCUCUUUAUUUUUAAUUUUCUCCCGCUCCUCAGCUAUUUGUUCUGAUAAUCAAAUUUUGGGUGUAUUUUAUCCCUUGGCUGGCUCAGCUGUCACUGCUGGUGAUUAGUGCCACAGGCAGGGUCUGUCUAAUUAAUAUUUUCCUUCUCAUCUGCUGAAUUUAUGGAACAAUUACAGAUAAAUAUGGAUGUUUGGUGGCACUCAGACCCCAAAUUCGACUUUCUUGCAGCCCCUGGGGAGUUUUUUGCUGCAUUUUAUGAUAUAAAUACACCAAAAUGCUCCAGCUGAGUCAUGAUCAUGCCCCAUUUUUGGAAGUUUUAUUCCCAAAUCAAGAAUUUCCCUAAAAAUUUGUUCUUUCCCCAAAGUGGGAAGGAGAAGGGAAUUCAUCACCCAUUUUUUUUACCCCAAAUCUGAUCUCCUUUGUCAUGGUGAUGAGUUAAUGUGGGGUUUUUCUUCUCUGAAUUUCACUUUUUUUCCGAUGGUUAAAUUUUGAAUUAUUAAUUCCAACAGUUUCAGGCCUGGUUUUUCCUGUUUUUCUGCACAUGGGAACAGCAAGAUUUUGGGUUCUUCUCUUCCCCCGCAGCCCCUGGAACUGCUGGGAAACAUCCAAGAGUUCUGAAAUGCCACAGAUUUGAAGAAAAACAGAUUUUAAAGAGCAAGAAUUGUACCAGACCCUGGGUGUUUGUGCUGCAGCUGGGAUUUUGGGAGAAAAUCUGGAUUUAGGGAAGGAUUCGGGUGAGGAAUCCUUCAAAUAUAAAAAAAAAAAAAUCACUUCAAGGUCAUUCAGAACCUGGGCAUAAUUUCACAUCCAGGCUUCCUUUUUUAAAAAUAUGUUUAUUCCCCUUAGAAAAAUAAAUAAUAAAUCUAUUUUUUUCCCCAA